AUGAGCAGUGACAAUCCAAAUGCUUUCAGACUGGCGAGGGGUGGACGACUGAUAAGAGGCCCAAGAGGCAGAGGAAGACCAAGACCCGUUAGAUUCCAAACUUCGCUCAAUACUGAACCACUAUCCAACGAUGAUCAGGAGAAAUUGAAGCAAAGAGCAUUAAGGUUCUCGACGAAUAACAAAGACCAAGGAAAGAACUACGGGCUAGUGAGUCGUGGUGAAGAUAACACUUUGCAGUUGAACAGAAACAAUGAACGGGAAAAGUUUUUUGCGGAUAUCAAGAAACAGUUUAUCCUUCAUUGCUCUAGCUAUGACAGCGUCGAGGGAUUAAGAGAAGAUUUGACAAAUAUCAAGGACCACAAUAAAUCCCAAAAGACCAAAGUGGAGGAAAUUUUAAUGAACCUUCGGAAGUUAAGAGAAGCCUUACUAAAUGCAAAACCAACCGAAUUCACCGCAAAAGUCUUUUUAUACUCCAUCAAAGUGGGCUCUCGACUGGGUCAUUACCAGACAUAUGUUCCAUGUAUAUCAUACCUUAUUUCCAAUGUUAUUGAAAACAAACAUGCUGAUUUCAAACUUCAAGAGUAUGAAUUGGACGAAAUCAUCGGGAUUUACAUCUUACACCUUGCUCAUUUCAACUUGAAAACUAUCGACAAAGGCCAUAUAUAUUCCAACUAUCAAGAUCUAUCUCAAUGCUUCCAACUUUUUUUCAAAUAUAUUCCCCAUAACUAUGCAAUCAAAAAAAUUUUGAAGGCGGUGGGGUCCAAUGAUUAUGUCACCUGGUUCAACACUUACGCCAAUGAACUUCGGUCGAAUUUAUGUUACCAAAUGAUCAUCAACAAGCUAGCCUUGAAUAAAAUAAUUCAAAACUUGUUAUUGGUGCUUAAUUCCUCGUAUUUCAUGAUUAGUGUCAACUACUUGGAGCAGGAUCUCUUGUCAGGAGUCGUGAGUUAUGAUUAUUUGAAGGCCAAUUUCCCCCAGUAUUGUGGCCACUGGAAGUUGAAUGAGGGCACAAUAAUUAUUAGAGAACGAAAAAGAAAACCAGAUCGGCAGUGA